AUGCUCCUCUAUGACGAAGAAGGCCUCCGCCUGUACGAUGCCAUUACGACUUCAGCUCCUGAGUACUACCCCUUCACGGCAGAGGAAGAGAUUCUCAAAAAUCAUUCGGAGGAGAUUGUGACAAUUAUGCGCUCACAGACUAAACACGGCAUUUCUUGCCCGCAGGUCGUUCUGGAACUUGGUUCAGGCUACUGGGCUCUCGACCUCGAGAAGCGAGAGUUAGAACGCACGUUGAACGGAAUUGUGACUUCCGACCUUGGGCAGAAACUGGAGGGAAGGGUUAACACGAAGGGUAUAUGGGGGACCUACGAGGAUGGGAUCCGAUUCAUUAAGGACGGCGGGCUGAUCCCUGGAUAUACCGCUGAAUCUACGGGCGGUCAGACCCAGCUCCACAUUAUGUUCUUGGGUUCUUCGUUGGGAAACUUUCCUCGGAAAGAGGCAGGCCCGUUUCUUCGCUCGCUGCCGCUGCGUGCGGGAGCCUGUGAUACCCUCCUCCUCGGAUUGGACCACGACAACGAUGUAGACAAGAUUGAAGUCGCUUAUAACGAUCCUCAAGGCUACACUAGACGCUUCAAAAUGAAUGCGCUUCGACAUGCUGGCAGAGUCCUUGGUGACGAGCAGUUCUUCCGUGAGGACGAUUGGGAACGCUCAUACGAUGACUUAGGCAGGAAGACAACAUGA